CAAUUCAUGAAAUUUCACCUGCGGCAUCCGCUACCUUAAAGACGACUAUUAUAACAACAUAAACUAUAUUUUGUCUUCUCACACAUUCCCACAUCCUUAAUAUCUACGUGCAAACCACUCGCCAAUUAUCACUCACGAACCGUUGCUUUAUGAGCCGCACGUCCUUACGCGCGCGUGGAUAUUGCAUUCAUUCAAUGCGCUUUACAGAAACUUAGCCCUAGACCACUUCCUUCUCUAUAUCGACCAUGAACAACCACCGUCUACGACUCCGAUCACCUACUUCGAUCCCUUUUUAUAUAUCUUCCAAUCGGCUGAACUGCCACUGAAUUUUUAUUUAAUUCUAAUCUCUUCCAAUCUGCCUGAUUCGCGAUUUUCUCCUCGUAAGGUCGGUAUAAUUUUAUUUAUUUCUCUUCUAAGCUCUAGAUCUUUCCUUUUAGUUUUUUUUCUGCAAAUUUGAAGAAUUUGUGAUUUUAAUUUUAAGAAUUUUUUGUUUGGUUUUUGGAGGGUUGGAACCUAUGGAUAUCGUUGGUAAAUCAAAGGAAGAUGCUUCACUUCCCAAAGCAACUAUGACAAAGAUUAUUAAAGAAAUGUUGCCGCCAGAUGUUCGUGUUGCCCGAGAUGCUCAGGAUCUUUUGAUUGAAUGUUGCGUAGAGUUCAUUAAUCUUAUCUCAUCAGAAUCAAAUGAAGUUUGUAAUAGAGAAGACAAACGAACAAUUGCACCAGAACAUGUACUCAAGGCUUUAGAGGUUCUUGGUUUUGGGGAAUAUAUUGAAGAAGUAUAUGCUGCAUAUGAACAACACAAGCUAGAGACCAUGGACACUGUGAGAUCUGGGAAAUGUAAUAAUGUAGCUGAAAUGACUGAAGAAGAAGCAUUAGCUGAGCAACAGAGGAUGUUCGCCGAGGCACGUGCAAGGAUGAAUGGCGGUGUUACAGGCCCUCCCAAGCAGCAAGAUUCAGAAGCUGAGCAGCAGAGGAUGUUUGCUGAGGCACGUGCAAGGAUGAAUGGCGAUGUUACAGGCCCCACCAAGCAGCAAGAUCCAGAAACUGAGCAGCAGAGGAUGUUUGCUGAGGCACGUGCAAGGAUGAAUGACGAUGUUACAGGCCCCACCAAGCAGCAAGAUUCAGAAACUGAGCAGCAGAGGAUGUUUGCUGAGGCGCUUGUAAGGAUGAAUGGCAAUGUUACAGGCCUCCCCAAGCAGCAAGAUUCAGAAGCUGAGCAACGGAAGAUGUUUGCUGAGGCGCAUGCAAUGAUGAAUGGUGGUGUUACAGGCCCCCCCAAGGAGCAAGAUUCAGAAGCAAAGCAAAACGUUAAUAGCUAACUUCACUUUUAGUUGUUCUGUAGGAAGAACAUCUUUAGUCUGUCUUAGUAGUGGGAUCUUUCUUCUAUUAUGUAGAAAAAGCUCCUGGCGCAUGUGUCGACUGUGAGGGCUCUAGUUCAGUUUGUACUCGAUGCAUUAUGUUCAUAUAUUCUGUAAAUUAGUAGGAAUUUGCUUCAGAAUGUUGGCUUGUGAGGGCUCUUGUGAGUAUUUCUGUCACAAAGGGGUCUUUGCCUCUUUCCAUUUUCCCCAAAUAAAAAAAAGUCUCAACACGGAAA